AUGGCCGAAAACAACCAUGGCACUGAUGGUGCGUUGGAUCGUAUGCUUCGCCUUGGUCAACGACAGAAGGCCGUUCCAGCCAUCUUCAUCCAUGCGGGCGCUGGUUUUCACAGCCAUCAAAACGAACAUGUCCAUCUAGAAGCUUGCGUAGCGGCCGCCGAAAUGGGUAUGAAGUUUUUGAAAGCCGGCGCGGCUGCAACCGAGGCUGUCGAGGCUGCUCUACGAAUCCUAGAGGAUAGGGAAAUCACCAAUGCCGGCUAUGGCUCGAACCUGUCCAUCGACGGUACCGUCGAGUGUGACGCUACAAUUGUUGACCACCUCGGCCGAAGCGGUGCUUGCGGCGCAGUUCCGAACAUACGCAACCCCAUCUCGCUUGCGAAACUUAUUCUAGAUACCAGUAGCCAGCCGCUCAGCCUUCGAAGAGUCCCGCCAAACGCACUCGUCGGUGAAGGGGCUCGCAUUUUUGCCGAGGAACACGGCGUCGUCACCUUUGCGAAUGAGUACCUUGUCUCCAAAAACUCCCGCGACCGCUUUUUUCGUUGGCAAGAAGAUCUGCUGCGAGCAGAAGAAAGGAUUCAGGAUUCUCGCACGGGUGUACAUUCUCCAUCCGCUACAAUGGCAUGUGUUCCUUGCCAGUACGACACAGCUUCAGCUGCAGGCACCCGGAAACCAUCUCCUCGCCAACAUACGGUGGCGAUUAUGGCUGGCACGUGGAAUGAGGGACAACCUGACUCGCCAUACGCAGGUACUCCAGCUUCUGAUCCUGCUAGCAUGCAAGAUGACUCCUUUUUCUCACCGCGGGCCAAUGCAUCUCUGCCUGCCCCAACUUCGAAAUCGCCCCGGCCGUCACCGCGAUCUCCCCUUUCUUCAGCCCCUAUGGCUGACAGUAAAAGCGCCGGAGCCUCUCCGACACGCACCAGAUAUGUUGACAGGCGGCCCAACGUGGCCGUAGACAGCUCAAGUCCAACAGGGACUGUUUGCCGGAGUGCCCCAGAAAUUUUGCGGUCAAACAAUGGUUUCGCUCCGGACUCUACUUCGUGCUUACAACCAAUGCAAUGUGAUGACGCGUCAUCUAUUUCAAGCGGAAUGCAAGGCGUGAAACGAUCCCUUGAUGAAGAAAAUCAACCUCGAGAGACUGACGGACCAGUAGCUAAGCGCCAAGUGCGGUUGAACAGCCGAGACGAGGACAUGAUCACGGACACUAUUGGUGCUAUUGCGAUUGAUGAUCAAGGAAGGAUAGCUGCUGGAUCUUCUUCGGGGGGCAUUGGAAUGAAGCAUCGAGGACGACUGGGACCUGCCGCCCUUGUCGGCAUUGGCACAGCUGUAGUGCCAUGUGCGGAAGACGACGAGGACGGAAUAACUGUGGCAGCUGUAACAAGCGGAACUGGGGAGCAUAUGGCGACGACAAUGGCAUCUCAAAGAUGCGCAGAAAGAAUCUAUACAGGGACACGACGAGCACCAGGUGGCGGAGAUGUGCAAGACGAUGAUGAGGACGCAAUUAUGGAGUCAUUCAUCUCCAAAGACUUCAUGGGCCACCCUGGUGUCAAAAAUUGCAACUCUCAGGGAGCUAUCGGUGUCAUGGUGGUGAAGAAGAGCCGAACCGGAUACUAUCUCUACUUUGCACACAACACAGAUUCGUUUGCUCUUGCAUCCAUGGGAGCGCUCGAGAAAGAGCCUCGUUGUACCAUGUCUCGGCUUCCCGAUGGCGCUAAGAUUGCCAAAGGCGGCCGCAAAAUACGAAUAUCUUGA